UGUUUCCAACAUUGGGCUUGAUUGGGCAACGUUUUUUUCCGUCGUGGAGUGAGCGGAGUGAGUUGCCUGCAAGCUAUAUUUUUCGUCGUGUUUAUAUCCCGGGGCUCACGUGUGUGAACUGCGUGCUUUUCAGACAUGGAAUUCGGGCUGAAAAAAGGCGACAAAGUUCUCCUUUUGUGGGACGGGGAACAAAAGAGCGAACGGAUUCAAGGAGUAAUCCAGAAAGUCAAACACGCAGUUGAAAGCCCGUGUGAAAUCGAAAGUGCUCAUCAGUUGGUAAAAUCAAAUCACCCUCCGUCAUCAAUAGACGCAGUACUCCUUGGACACGUCACACCACAAGUGCAGCUGUCUUCAGAAAUACUGACAGAAGUGUUAAAAGUGCUGAAGACAAAUGGAAAAUUGUUACUUUACCUGGAAACACCGUCUCUGGAUUAUGAAAAAGUUGCGUAUGACUUGAAAAUUGUGGGCUUCGUUGCUGUAUCUAAGUCACUGCUAGCAAAUGGUGUGACUCAAUUAGUAUGCUCCAAGCCAAACUAUGAGGUGGGAUCCUCUUCAAAGCUUCCACUUCUGGCAAAAGAAUCAAAUUCACAAGGCUCGGAAGAGUACGUGAAAAAGGUGUGGGCACUGUCAGCACAAGACAUCCUUGAUCAAGAUGUUGAGCUGCUUGAUCCUGAUGAGCUAAUAGAUGAAGAUGACUUCAAGAAACCUGAUCCAACUCUACUGAAAGGUUCGUGUGGUGGAGAGAAAAAACGGAAAGCAUGCAAAAACUGCAGCUGUGGCCUUGCUGAGCAACUUGAAAAAGAAGCUGUUGCAAACUCAGCUGCUACUGCACCAAAAUCCUCUUGUGGAAAUUGCUAUCUGGGGGAUGCGUUCCGCUGUGCUGGCUGUCCUUAUCGAGGUCUUCCUGCAUUUAAGCCUGGUGAGAAGAUACAGCUUUCAGAAGAACAGAUGGCAGCAGACUCUUGAAGUUUGCAACAGAUAUUUCAACUUUGACAUUUGACGGGUGAUCAAUACAAUAAUGUAAUUCCUAGGUCAUUCCUGGAAACUGUAUAGAAUAGGGAAUAAUAAAUGUCUUUUUUGUGAAACA